AUGCCUUCCAUCCGCGACAGAAUCGCACGAGAGAUUCUCGAGCGGCAGCUCAGAGUCCCACCUCCUGUCCCUCUGAAGGUCGGCAUUCUGGGCGUGGGUGCUGCCGGCCUGUAUGCGGCCAUGAUUCUUGAAGGCUUCAAGGAGUACGGCUACACGUAUGAGAUACUCGAGGCCGAGCCGGACAACGACCACGUCGGUGGUCGGCUGUGGACUUACAAGUUCUCGGAUUCGCCAAACGAUUAUUACGACCGGGGUGCGAUGCGCUUUCCGAAGAUCGAUUUCAUGAAGCCUGUGUUCGACCUGUUCGAUAACCUCGGCAUCACAGAUGAUGGCUUGUUGAUCCCCUACAUUCUAUCCAAUGACGAACACAACAUCCUGUACUAUAAUGGCAUUCGGAUGACGGCGCAGGAGGUAAAGGAUAGCGCUCUUGUGGACCCAUUCAACAUUGGGCUCGCCAGUCAUGCAGACGAUUAUGUCAAGGCGGCAUUGGGCCCCUUCAUCGACGCGCUUGCUACAGACUUCGAGAGCGGGUGGCAGAAAUUGAUGGAAUAUGAUCAGUACUCCACCCGCGCAUACAUGAACCUCGUGUUGAAGACCGCGUACACAGCGUCCGGGAUUGAAUUGAACUACACAGAUCAGGUCAUCACAACCCUCGAGACGCUACAGACUGGUACGAAUCUGUACGAUUGCGCCUUGAGCGAGAGCGUAAUGGACGCCCUUGACUUUGACAAUCCAUCGGAUCCCUCGUGGUAUUGUAUACAAGGUGGUUCGGAAGAGAUCGCUCGCCGAAUGGCCGCUCGUCUUCAGCCUGGGACCAUAUUGCGAGGAAAGCGCGUCACAGCCAUCGCACCGCUGAUCGAGAGCACGGAUACGCCCACAUCGAUAAAUGUGACCGUUGCUGGAGGCGAGUCAUAUACCUAUGAUCAUGUCAUUUCGACCAUGCCGCUUUCCUGUCUCGGAUUGGUCGAUACCACCCAAUGCGGUCUAUCCUGGCCCAUCCAGAUGGCCAUUCGGGCCUUGCACUACGACGCUUCCGUGAAGGUCGCUAUCAAGUUCUCGUACAGGUGGUGGGAGCAGUCGCCUUUCUUGCAAUCAGGCGGGUCCUCCUCGUCCGACAGACCCACACGUGUGGUUGUCUACCCUUCGUACGGCAUCGGCGGCGAUGAUGGUACUAUGAUCGUCAGCUACACUUGGUCGCAAGAUGCGCUACGCUUUGGCGCUCUCGCGCACGGCAAUGGCUCGGAUGCCGAGAGGGCUCUUGUGGACGUCAUUUUGAAGGAUCUCGCGGAUAUACAUGGAAACGACUUGACUGCCGAACAACUUCGCUCCUGGAUGAAGGGACCUAUCUCCAUAUUCACUCGUGCUGAUGACCCGAUCAUCGCAGGCGCAUUCGCACUUUUCGGGCCAUCGCAGUUCAACACGCUCUACACUGAGCUAACCAAACCGCCUGCAGGUCUCUUGCAUUUUGCUGGCGAGGCGACGAGUGUUCAUCACGCCUGGUUGAUCGGGGCAUUGAAUAGUGCUUACCGGUGUGUGGAGGAGAUUUUCCUCGCUGAGGACAGACAGGACUUGGUGGACAUACUCGAGGAAACUUGGGGAAAGAGGGAUGAAUUCAGGUCCAGCCUUGUCAAAGAGCAGGUCGAACGGGGCCGAGCUCAGUUCCUCCGGCAGUAG